UCCAUGUCAACUUUGUUAGAUACCCCGUAGAUUGUUUUCUCAAGACUGUCUCUUCACGAUGCACGACAGUCGUUUCGUCAGAACAUUGGUAGAGAUCCGGGUUUACCCGUCCCCGCACCAUUGGGGUAAAGUCCCCGCGUCGGGCUACGCCAAAUCGGCUACAUGAUUACGUCCGUCAUAUUACCGAAGAGUCACAUAUCUCAAGGCCAAGACGCAUUGCAGAGCAUGCUGUGAGUAUCGGGAGUAAGACGUCCGAGCAGGCACAGAUAGCUUCCAUGAUGGGGAAGCACAAUGACAUCGAACUACGAACAGCGGCGACACCUUCGAACCGGUCGUCGAUGGAAAGCAGCGGAGGGACAACACCAGAAGAGCGCAUCGCAGAAGCAUCGAAUAUGGAUUCCAUCAACACCGGACCGCCAACACUGGAACCUCGAAACCCUAUUGAGCCUCUCGAAAACGUUCAAACAGACGCCGAAGGUGAUCAGCCGACCAUUAAGAAGAAGACAUCCAAGCAUGCAAAAGCCUUGGAGAUUUUGAAAUGGUUCGUCAAAGACCAAUGGUUCCUCCUCGCAAUGGGCGCCGUAGUCCUCAUUUCGUCCCAAGUCCAAGUCCCAGCCUCACAGCAGCGCACAAAGCGGACGGUAGUCACAUACCUCGCAGUCUCCGUCAUCUUCUUCAUCAACGGCUGCACACUGGACACACGGGUCAUGCUCGCCAACUACAUGCGCUGGAAGCUACACAUCUUCGUCCAACUACAAUGCUACCUCGUCUGUUCAGCAGCCACCUUUGCCGUUGUCAGCCUAUGUGCGACGAAUCCCAACUUCAUGGACCCAUGGCUACUGAUCGGCUUCCUUUUCGUCGGCAGCGCACCUACAACAAUGUCCAGCAACGUUGUCAUGACGAGACAAGCUCAUGGAAACGCGGCACUCACGGUAGUUCAAUCCGUCAUUGGCCAAUUCCUCUGUCCCUUUUUGACGCCCAUCAUCCUGCAAAUGUAUCUUUCUACGGGAUCGUGGUAUAGCAAGGUUCUCCAGCGCGGCUCUGGUUACGCCGGCAUUUACCAGCGUGUCUUCAUGCAACUCGGCCUGUCGCUAUUUCUUCCAAUGUUAGUCGGACAGAUUGUACAACGCCUGUUCCCCAAGAUGACGAAGAAAGUGUUCUUCGAGUGGAAACUGCUCAAGCUUUCGUCAAUCGCGCUUCUCACGAUGGUGUGGCAGACUUUCGAUCAAGCGUUUUCUUCUGGUGCGUUUGAGGCUGUGAAGCCGUCCAACAUCAUCUUCAUCGUCUUCAUCACAAUCGCGCUGUACUUUAUAUGGCUCGCCAUAUGCUUCACAGCCGCUACUUUGUGGUUGCCGAAGAAGGAUGUUAUUGCAUGCUGUUAUUGUUGCCCGGCAAAGGCUCUUGCUAUGGUUGUCCCCCUCACGUCGGUCAUGUACAUCAACAUCGAUCCGGUCGAUCAGUCGAAGAUGCAGAUACCUGCGAUCAUCUUCCAGGCUUUUCAGGUUGCUAUUGGUGGCAUCAUGACCAUUGGUUUCCGCAAGUGGAUCCGACCAGAAGAAGAAAAAGAAGAGGCGGAAAAGAACGUCGAAGCAGGCGCAGCGAAGUAGAAUUGGAAAGAAGACGGAACUACGCCAAUACGUAUUACGCCCUAAACGUCUAUACUAUGCGCGAGCAUCCGAUUCUUUCGCGGGCGCCUCUCCGCUCACCCCAUCUUUUCGCUUUUUUGGAUUGCAAAAAUAUGUAGACAUAGUGUAUUGUAGUCAAGAACGCCAGAUAUGCCAAAAGAAAAAUCGUCUCGUC